AUGCCUCAAAAGAAAGACCAAAUGCAACGGAAUUCGGCCCACGUGCAUAAUCAGGACAAGAGACGGCCAGUGUCCAAAGCCUAUGUCGCCGCUCUUGAAGACCGUCUGGCUUGGUUAGAAAAGAAAUUGUCAGAAAAGGAACGUGAACGAGGUGCCGACGAUGCACAUGCCGUCGCAGGCUCAUCAGAUGUCUCAAGCUUACAGGUUGAGGAAGACCAGUCGCCGUCACCAUCCGGCCCGAGCGAUACGAUUCACCGGCAGUCUUCCUGCGAGCCUGCCGAACGCCUCCAAAUUGACAACGAAACAGGCGAGAUUCGAGAAUACGGGCCGACAUCAAUGUUCAAGCACCUGCCAGCCGCCCCAGCCUCACCUACAAGUAUGGGGAGGUCCAGCUUAGGCGCCUACUGCGCAUCUACUGGUACCCAGGACUCUUUUGCUCUGGGCGCUCUGGACGAAUUCUCUUGCGCAGAAGCCCUUCGACUGUUCUUCGCAUUUUUCAACCCGUGGUGCAUGUGGGUGGAUGAAACACGCUUCCGGCAAGACAUGGACCGUGACGGUGGCAGACAAGGGUCAAUCGCGAACCGGCAUACUCGGACAGCAUUCUAUAGCCCUCUGUUACACCUUUCAAUGCUUGCUAUUGGAUUCAUGUACUUGGAGAAGCCAAGCUACGCCGAGAAGAUGGCAAUCUCGGAUAGUUUGGCUCAGGCAGCAGCCCAAUUCUUCCAGGAAGAAGUUGAGGCCGCACGUCUGAGCGCCGUGAUUGGUCUUAUGCUCCUUGGUUCUCACCAUGCCGGCCACGCGCGGCAGAGUUUGGGAUACAUCUAUUCUGGCACCGGCCUGCGACUAAGUCGGAUUCGUAUCGACUCGUCUUCUUGGGUCGAGAAGGGCCUCAUUUCAGCAGAAAUGAAGCGCUCGCGAGACCGAGUCUGGCAUUGCGCUUAUAUCCAGGAUAAGCUUUGGUCGACGUAUGUCGGGAGGGCUCCUGCCCCAAGUCUCCGCCAUUAUCGAAUGCCGUUUCCAGACGUGAAUGAAGAGGAAGAUGCUGCCGGCUGGAUCGGCCACAAUAGGAACGGCCAACAUAUCUUAGUACCUUCAUGGCAGUCGUCGACUACAGUCUGGACAAGUAAGCUUGCUAGGGUUAUCGAACUUCUCUUAGAGAACGUGUAA